AUGGCUGCCUCAUCCGCUGGCAAUCCGCUAACGUUCUCUACUAUGUCUCCCCGACCGAAACGUUUCGAAUUCUCUCCCGAUCCGCCGCUCAAAAUCUCUCUCACAGCCGACCAGCACAAGCAUUGCUCCGAGGCUUUACAGUUCUUUAAGGAGAAACUCAGGACCCCAGAGAGAAUCGCACAAGAGUUCGCUCACAUACAGGCUAGUAGGAUAACACCAUCUCAGAUGGCGAGAAGCUGCAAGGUGGCUCUUGACAGUGUGAAUGCGAGCAAAAACCGUUACUUGGAUGUUGUACCAUUUGACCAAAAUAGGAUUUUUCUUAAUCCAUGCAAGGAUUAUAGACCAUCUGCGAGAGGAUAUAUUAAUGCGAGCCUCAUCACGACUUCUUCAUCAGAUAACAUUUCUCGGUUCAUAGCCACACAGGGCCCACUACCACAUACAUAUGAGGAUUUCUGGGAGAUGAUAAUACAGCACCGUUGCCCUGUGAUUGUGAUGCUUACUCGAUUAGUGGACAAUUAUAAGACAGUAAAAUGUGGAGAUUACUUUCAAGCAGAAGAUGGUCCAAGAGAUUUUGGAAAUAUUUCUAUAGUGACGAAGUGGAUCAAAAAUACUGACAACUCAUUACUUUUGCGCAACUUGGAGGUGGGCUAUAAGGAGUGUCACAUGCUAAUAUUCAAAUGCAGUUUUAGGCCUUGGAAAACAAGUGAUCAAGGUACUAGAAUUUUGAAAGAUGCAGGAAUUGUCUCUUUUAAGUGGUGUGCUCCUGCAGAGGAAAACAAGGCAUUAGGUGAAGGUAGAUGCAAUUUUGGUGUUGUCCUCAUAGCUGAUGGGUAUCUCGUUUUGGAGUUGAACCUUGUUCUGGUGGGAUCAACUGUUGGAGUGACCCCUGCUUUACCUUGUCAAGUUGCUAUAAGAUUGAACUUUCUUAAAUUAAGGGACAGCAUUACUUCAGCCAUAUGCAAUUUGGGUUUGCAUGUAUCAGUGGAGGCCCCAUUCGUCUCUCUCUUCAUGAAGCUUUGUAUUCAGCCUGAUGCAGAGGAGCCACCCAUUUAUGUUCUGCAUAUUCAGUAUCCGGAAUGGCCUGACCAUGGAGUUCCAAAAGACACAAUUGCUGUCCGUGAAAUUUUUAAAAGAGUAUAUCAUGUACCACCCAGUCUUGGCCCAAUAGUGGUCCACUGCAGUGCAGGAAUUGGUAGAACAGGAACAUAUUGCACAAUUCACAACACGGUCCAGAGAAUCCUUGUUGGUGACAUGUCUGCUUUAGACAUUGCUAAUACCGUAACCACAUUUAGGUCUCAGCGAAUUGGGAUGGUUCAAACCAUGGAGCAAUACAUUUUUUGCUAUGAAGCUAUCGUUGAUGAACUAGAAGAUCUCAUCUCAGAGAUGAACAAUUAG